AUGCGCCCCUGGGCGACUGAGGGUGCCACCUCGCAGACUGCAGGGAGCCCUGGCGAGAGGCUGCGUGCAUUGCAGGGAACCCGCGCUAGGCGCUUGGCAGAGACAGAAGCGCAAAGCCAGGCCCUGGAGCGCCGCGGAGAGGGUGAGAGGCAGGGAGGCAUCGCUGCGGGGCCUUGUCGUUGUGCUAGAUUCACCGUGACUCGGCCCCUGUCUCCCUCAGAGCUAAAACGGCGCCUCCUUGGUGUAGCGGGACCCAUGGGAGGACUAUCCGCGCCAUUCGGCCUGGAGCGCGAGCUCCAAGAACUCAAGGCAGAGGCCGGCCGGACACGGGGCGCUCUGCAAAGGCUGGGGUCGCGCAUAUUAGCGCUCCAGUCGCAGCCCCGCAUCCAGAGGGACUCUUUUAAGGAGGCAAAUAGAUGUUCGCCUGCGCGGGUCAAGCCGGGAACACUGCACGCAGAGAUCCGGGCCCUACGAGAGGCCUACGUGCGCGGUGGUGGCCGGGACCCCGGAGUUUUGGACAAAAUAUGGCAGCUGCAAGUGGAGGCAUCAGCCCUGGAGUUGAGGCGGUGGCAGAAUCGCAAAGAAAAAGUAACCGCCAUCUCUGAGGAACUUCUAGUGGUGGAAGCCGAAAACCGGCUCCUGGAGGCAGAAAUACAGGCCUUGCAGAAGAAGGGCCUGAGUCUGGCGCCCUGGGGACCCAGGGAGCCUCAGCUCCUAGCUGAUCCCUGGCCACACCUGAGUAGAAGGGGCGAUAAGUCGUUCCUCCUUCCACCAGUUGCACUCCCAAUGCCAAGUUCAACAAAUGUCCAGAAUUUCCAUGGCACUUCAACAUCAAUACUUAAUGGAACCAUGACAAGGAACUUAGGUCAGGAUCGCCACUUCUUCCUAGCAGCAUCCGACGAUCUAGGCCCUGCACCGUAUGAUCCUGGGGCUGGCCUUGUCAUUUUCUAUGACUUCCUAUGGGGCCUUGAGGCUUCUUGGGUUUGGGUGCAGCUAAUGACAAAAUUGGCCCAGGAUGGACAGAAUACAGGAGGGGCCACAGCAUUGCCUCCAGCCCUUUGCUUACCACCACCGUCAGCUCCUGGACCUAUGGGCAACUGUGCCAUCCUUGCAAGCAGGCAGCCUGUACCCAGAUUGCCUCCAUCACCACUGGUAUCUUUGAUCUGUGAACUACAUGCCUGGCAAGGUGUUACAUGGGCACCACAACCAAAGGCUUGGGCCUCACUAUUGCUAUUUGACCAAGAUAAGCAGAUGCUUAGUGGGCGUUGGCGCCUCCCACUUCAGGUCCUUCUUCCCAACUCCAACCUCAGUCUUGGCCAGAAUGAAAUUCCCCAGGUACGUGUGGAGGGAGGGUAGGGACUAGGUCUACUCCAAGAUUCGGAUGAGUACCACUCUGCCUUUUCCCAGGCAGGUCAAGCUGAGCUCUUUCUGAGACUGGUGAAUGCAAGAGACGCAGAUGUCCAGACGCUGGCAGAGAUCAAUCCAGCAAGUGCCCAUAAGUACCAGUACCAGUACCCACCACUGGUAUCCAAUCCAUCUUCACUGGAAACCAGUUCCUUCACCCACAAUUCUGGCUUUGUAGACCCCCAACCUUCCACAGAAGAGGCUUUCAUCAGUAUCAAGGAUGAAGAAGAGCAUUUGAGACCCCACCAAUUUUGACCCAAACCCAUCAAGUUUCUGAGACAGAAGGCCUAGUUCUAGACCUGUAGCUUUUUUUUUCUUUCGGUUAUUCAAGACAGGAUUUUUCUAUGUAAUAGUCCUAGCUGUCCCAGAACUUGCUCUUCUAGACCACAAUGGCCUCAAACUCAAUAAUCAACCUGCUUCUGCCUCCCACGUGCUAGGAAUAAAGGUGUGCGACAUCACCGCCCAGCCUGA